AUGUCGAGUGCUGAAGAGAAGAAUCCAGGACAAUCGUUGUCUCCAGUUAGAAACAAUGACAAGUCUGAUGAAGUCAAACCUAUUGAUACAGUAUCUGUGAUUCAAGAGUAUAGAACUAAUAAGGCUAACAUGCUGAAUCUAUUGCCAGGAGAUACUGUUUAUGUGAUUGCGAAAUCAGAAACUGGUUGGUGGGAUGGUGUGAUUUUUACAAAUAAUGGUACUAUCAGGGGCUGGUUCCCUAGUUCAUACACUAAAAGUUGGAUAUCAAGUUUUGAACAACAACAAGAACAACAAGAACAACAACAAUCAACAUUGUUAUCAGUAUUGAAAUCAAACUUAAAUGAUGAUAAACCAAGAAAAAAUAGUAGUGUGAGUUUUGCUAGCUCAGAACAAAGUAAUCAUUCUGAUACACGUCAAUCCACAAAACAAUCAUUUUCCACUAUUAAUGAUCCACCAAGUAGACUUUCAAGUACAGGUAACAUCAAUAUUGUUAGUGCACAAGAAGCAGAGUCCAUUUUCAAUAGUACAGGAAGUUCAAAUGUUCCAAUAUGGGUCCCACAAGCUACAACUGAUGAUCAAAUCAUUUAUUAUAAUUCUGAAUUAAACAUAUAUUGUAAAGAAUUACCUUAUAUUGAAACACCAGAAAUUGAUGAAAAUACAAAAUUCAAUAUUCCAACUAAAGAAGAAGAUGAAUCAUUAUUAUCAAUUGUUAAUUUAAAAGAAAUUGGUAAAGAAAGAACAAAUAUUAAAAGUAGACCUUCUGCAUUAAGUUAUGAAAGAAAAAGUAGUGCAAGAGAAAGUUCAAGAUCAAAAUCUUCAUUACCAUCAUCAACAACUGUUCAUCCAUGGAACUCUUCAUUAUAUUCAACACCCGAUUUAUUUUAUUAUGAUCCAACUGAUAUCAAGACUUGGUCUGGAUUAAGAGAUGCUUUCAUAUAUUUUUUACAAUUAACAAUUGACGCACUACAGAAAAAAGUUGGUGUUUUAUUCUAUACUUAUUUCAAUAUUGCUUCAAGAUUAGAAGUGUUGAUUAAUUUAGCUUCAAGAUUAGCUCAACAUGAUUUACAAAAAUCUGGUUAUCAUAAUAGAGUUAAAAGAAGAUUGAAAAAAAUGUCAUCAUCAAUCGCUCAAAUUGGUAUUAAUGGUAAUUUAUAUUUAACAGUUUCUCAAGCUGAUGGAUCAGAUUCAUCAAAUAAGACUGUUUCAGAAAGAAAUUUUAGUACAAGUACUCAAGAUACAAUCAAAUUAGAAUCAAAACCAAUCUCAAUAGCUGAUAGUGAUACUUCAAAUGAAACUACUGUAAACGUUGGAACUUAUUUAAAUCAUGUUGAAAUGGAAGUUGAUUCAUUGAAAAAAAAUGCAAUCUCUGUUGUCAAAGUCUUCAUGCAAAUUUCUUCUAAUCAAUUUAAUGAACAACAUUAUUUACCACAAGUUUAUCCAAGAUUUUUAACUGGAUUUUUCUCAGGUGGAAAUUGGUCAAAUCCUUUCUUACCUGAACCAAAAGAUCCUUUUGCUGGUAAAGAAGUUGCCAAAUCUUUACAUCAUAAAAGAGUUCCUAAAACUAUUUUAAAUAAAGAAAAUUUGGAUAUUUUAACCGAUAAAAAAAAUCAAUUACAAGGAAUGUUGGAUGAUAUUUUAAAUAUUAUUCAAAAUAGGUCAAAUAAUCAGGCAAGAAAUGUUGAAGUUUUAUCAAAAGUUUAUAAAACAUUAGGAGUUUCAUCAAAAUAUAUUGAUAUUAUUGAAGGUUUAGAUUUUUCUGUUUUUUUAAAUUCAAGAAGAAAUUCAGCACCAAAUGGUGAUUUUGAUCCAUCAAAUAUAAUUUAUCCAAUUUUAACUGAAUUUUUUGAAUCAAAACAAGAUUUACGUGAUAUUUUUGUAUCUAUUAUAAUGGAAUCUCAAAACUUAACUUUAGAUGAUCCAACUGUUUUCCGCUCAAUUAAAGAAGAUUCAUUAGAUAGUACUAAUAAGUUUGCAAACGUUGAACCAGAAAAGACUGCCAAACAAUUAGAAACUGAGUUACAAAAAAUUGAUGUUGAAGGUGAUGAAGAUAUUUCAAUUAAUCCAGAUAAAAAUUUAGCAGAAUCUAUUAUCAAAUCAUUUAGACUAUUGGAAAUUUCUUUAGUUUUAGUUCAACAAUUAACUACAGAGAGAGAAGCCGUUUUAAGUUAUGCUACAAGAGUUAUGAAUGAAGAUUUUAAUUAUGAAAUAUUAAUUUCCGAAAGAGAAGAUAGUACAUUUGCAACUGAUGAAUAUGCUUUACCUGCUAGUAACACCAAUAGACAUCAAACAAAAGAUGUACCCUGGUAUUUAGAAUCUGAAGAAUUUAAUCUAAUCUUCACUAAUAAUGAUACAGUUAAAGGUGGUACAAGAGAAGCUUUAAUUCAAAGGUUAACACAUCACGAUUCAUUAGAUGCAUCGUUCAACAUGACUUUUUUGAUAACGUUUAGAAGUAUGUUCAAAACAACUGAUCUGAUUAAACAAUUGAUUAAAAGAUUUAAUAUUCAACCUCCAGAGAAUUUAGCCUAUGAAGAAUAUACCGACUGGGUUGAAAAAAAAUCACAACCUAUUAAGUUAAGAGUUGUUAAUAUUAUGAAGACACUGUUACAAAAAUAUUGGAUUCCAUGUUAUAUUGAACCUCAACUUGCUAAUGUUUGGGUCCCAUUUGUUAAAGGUUUAAUUGAGCUAAAAUUCCCAAGUAGCGAUCAAUUAUUUAAUGAAAUUAACAAUAAGAUUGUUAAUUAUGCACCAAAGCCAGAACCGGAAUCAACAUCACAAAUCCCAACAGAGUUCAACGUUAAGACAAAACGCCAGAGAUUAACUGAUUUGAAUUAUGACGAAUUUGCUAGACAGCUAACUGUGAAAGAGUUUGAAUUAUAUUCCAAAAUUACACAAACAGAAUGUCUUGAUAAAACUUGGAAUAAAAAAUAUGGUUCUUUUGGUGGAUUUCCUCAUAUUCAAAAAUUCAUUGCAAAUUCAAAUGAUUUAACAAAUUUUGUUUCCACUGAAAUUGUUAGUCAUAAUGAUGUUAAAAAAAGAGUUACAGUGAUUAAAUAUUUUGUUAAUGUUGCAGAAAAAUGCAGAAGUUUAAAUAAUUUUUCAUCAAUGACUGCUAUUAUUUCAGCUUUAUAUUCUUCACCAAUUCAUAGAUUGAAAAAAACAUGGAAAUCUGUACCAGAAAAGACCAUGACAUUAAUGAACAAAAUGAAUGAUUUAAUGAAUUCAACAAGAAACUUCAGUGAAUAUAGGGAACAUUUGAGAUUCAUUAUUGAUAAACCAUGUGUUCCAUUUUUGGGUGUUUAUCUUUCUGAUUUAACAUUUACAACAAAUGGUAAUCCGGAUCAUUUACAUGGUGAUAAUAAAUUGGUUAAUUUUGCUAAAAGAACCAAAACAGUUGAAAUUUUAAGAGAAAUUUCAAGAUAUCAAUCUAUACCAUAUAAUUUGAGAAAAAAUGAUGAAUAUCAAGAUUUCAUCUAUUACCAUUUAUCAGAUCUAAUGACUAUUGAUGAACAAUACAAUAGAUCAUUGAUCAUUGAGCCUAGAGUUAGAGUAUCACAAGCUCUUAAUAACAACAGAGGUGGGUCUGGUGGUAAUAGUUCAGGAACAAGUAAUGGAACUAAACCUGGCUCUAGAUCUGUAAGAGUAUUUCAACACUUUGUGAACCAUUCUGCUGCGAUCAGUUGA